ACUCAGGCUACAACAGGGAGCAACAGCCGCACUGUCAGGCUGCUGUCGCUCCCCCUCCCCCCAGGUGGGGAGGAGGAGGAGGAGAGAGCCCGGUGGAGCCGGGAGGAUGCUGCUGCGGCUGUGGCCAAGGGACUCCGGGGGGCUCUGGUUGCUGCUCUGCUUCCUGCUGCUGAACCACCCAGGGGACUGCGGAGACCUGAGUGGCCACGAUGGUCAGGGUCAGACGGGAGUGGGGCUGCUCUGGCCUUUCCAAGGAUUCACUGGUCCAGUCUUCAGGCACCUGCAAAUCCUAUUCCAGCAGAUUGUGCCCCAAGGCCUGUUCUGGAAGGAUGAGCUCACCCAGCAUGCAAUGAGACAGAAGAUGGAGACCAUCAGCGGACUCCACUCCCAACAUCCACGUCUGAGGGUCAGGCAGGCAGGCCCAGGAGUGAGGAGCAAGGAAGAGGACAAGCUUCGACUCCUGUUCCCCAAGAGUCCCCUGUCCACGCUGAAUGGGGAGGAGUGCUCUCCCUCCAAGGUGGUUUCAAGGACUCUGAAACAAGAGGCAGCCAAGCCUGGCAAGGGCUUCUUCAAGCCUCUGCGGACUGUGGGCCUCCACCUCGUCGCUGACUGAUGCUGAGACUACACUAAGCCUCUCUGCUCCAACACCCUCUCCUGGCCCUCCAGAGGGGCAUUUCUAAGGCCACUCAAAUCUGGAUCAUUAAAGUGAAUCUUCACACA